AUGGAUUUCUUCAGCUCAAACAGAAAUAAGAGAUAUGGAAAAAGAGCAGGAUUGUUUGGUCACAGAACUGCGAGUAAGAGCAACCCUUCGAGCCCUCCUCAUCCAACCGAGGGUAGAUCUCCGCCGGUUACUCAUUUCGGCAUGAAAAGAUCGGAAUCAGUGUCCGCGUUUCCAAUCUCGGAUGACCAUACUACUCAUUGGAAACAGCAACAAGCCUCUGAACGUGUCCCUAAUUCUCAUAAUCGGCCUCCGGUCUAUAGAUAUAGCACGCCAGAGCGUCCUAGAGAGGAUUGUAAAGGAAGAACAGAGGACCCUGAUGCGGACGUGACACCGAGGAGCAACGCUUCUUUGAGCCCUUUUCGAUCUGCAAGAACCCGCACGCCUGAUCGUCGUAGGAGGUCUAGCGAUUUUAGCAGAGAGAUGUUCGAGAGAACGUAUGAGGCAGAGGCCAAUGUGAGCCCAUUUCACCCCUCCAGAAGCCGUUCUCCAGCUCCUUACAACACGCGUGAUCGUGGGAGAGACUAUAGUAGAGAAAGGUAUGAGGCAGAGGGCCAUUUAACAUCGCAGAACAGCGCUCCUUCGAGCCCAUUUCAUCCAUCCCCAAGCCCGCCACACACAAGGCCUCAGAGAUACUACAACAAUGGGAAAGAUCAUUUCGACGGGAUGUACGAGGCAGAUGCAGAUAACAGUCCUCCCAUGAGUCCUGUUCAUGGAGCCACAAGCCGCUCUCCCCAACCACCAUUCUACUCAUCUAGUGAUGACGAAGACGACCAUUCAACCUACCUAUUUCCAGAGAUUGCAACUGGACAUCGUUCCAGGGGCGUCUCUGGGAGCAGCACGCCGGUCCACUACAAGUACCAGAUCACCGCAACCGAAACCUACGAGCAAGACCGGCAGUUCGAGCCCCCAGAGCUGCCGGACGAGUCUGAGAGCUUCACGAUGCAUGAGAUCACCAAAAUGCGCGGAAUUCAGAGCUACGAAUCAGGCAAAGAAGAGAUACAGUUGGCGAUUUCCGAGGCUUACGUCUCCGUCGCCAACUACAAGGUGCGGCAGAGCGUCUCCGCCACGCUCCAGACGAUCCUAGACAAACACGGAGACAUAGCGGCCUCCUCGAAGCUGCAAUCGACCUCAACAAGGUCGUUUUACCUAGAAUCCUUAGCCGCGGCAGUGAUGGAGCUGAAAUCGACAUCUUUAAGAGAUCUGACAAAGACGCGGGUCACAGAGAUCGCAGCGGUCGUGAAGGACAUGGACUCGGUAAAAAUCGACGUGUCAUGGCUCAAAACCGCCGUUAAUGAGCUGAGGGAGGCGGUUGAGUAUUUCGGGCAGUAUGGCGCGGCGAAAAUGGUGAAAGAAGAGUGCAAUAAGGGUAUUACUGAGGGGAAGGCGGAGAUGGAGGAGCUCAGAGAAGAGCUGAGGAGGAGAGAAAAGGAAACAAAGGACUGUAGAGAGAAGGUGACGGCUAUGGCGGGUCGGUUAGGGCAGCUAGAGAUGAAGGAUUCGAGAGUGAAGAAACAUCUUGAGCUGUUUCAGAGCAAGGUUGAUAAAUUUGACGGCGAAGCUGUCCUUGUCGACGUCUAA